AGGAGUUGGCGCAGUCAUCGCUGACGAUUCAACGUACCCCUCCAUCCGCAUGUGCAUCGGAAACUGCCGAAAUUGAUGCUCCUAUGCACGACAACUGCGAUGUAGCCGAAUCCAAGUCGAUAGCAUCUUGCAGUAAACAACCGAAGCGCAACACAGUGUCCCUUAACAACUGCUGUUUCAGAGAAACUUAUCGCGGAUGGAUUCGCUGCAAAAGACCAUGCUUACUGUCGUCAAUGGCUGGAAGUCAACGUGGACGCGAUGAGGGAAACGAUGCGCAGCAUGUCGGACGCCAUAUCGCACAUGAGGGCGGCGAUUACAACACCGUUGCCCGUCAACAGUGUGCAGUGUCUUCUGCAGUUGGAAGAGAUUGCGGAAUGAAACUGCGUCAACAACUGACUAUGGAACUGCAGUCUACAUCUGCUGCAGGGCGUCCGUUACAUGCUGGACAAAGUAAUGGCGAGAGCCGUGCUCCAACAGAUGAAUCUCGGGGGUGCUAA